AUGGAAUACAUGUAUGUGGAUCCUGAAGGCUCUGCUGGUGGGCUUCUAUGCAUUUGGGACCCUACUGUUUUCCAACUCUCUAGUUGCUGUUGCAAUAGGAGGUACAUCUUACUUUCUAGCUCCUUGUAUAACUCUUUUGAUUGUGUUUUGAUCAACAUAUAUGCACCCAAUGAUAUCAGUGCUAGAUCAACUUUAUGGGCUGAUAUUCUCAAGCUUAAGGACCAUUUCCCUACUCCUUGGUGCAUGGGUGGGGACUUCAAUGAAAUUAGGCAUAAAAGUGAGAGGGUAGGCUGCUCUAGGAGGGACAGGGAGAUGAAACAUUUUAAUGAGUUUAUUGGGAAAUGUGAGCUCAAUGAUUUACCCCUCUAUGGAAGGAAAUACACUUGGUGUAAUGCCCAGGAAUCUGAGAAAUUGAGUCACAUAGAUAGAGUACUGCUUGGUCCUGAGUGGUUGAUUAAUUUCAGAAUGAAGCUAUGGGGGCUGCCUAGAUUAAUUUCAGAUCGCUGCCCUCUGUUGAUGAUAAAAGAUGCAAGAGAUUGGGGCCCCAAACCUUUCAGGUUUUUAAAUGCUUGCACUCUUCAUCCAAGCUUUUCCAAGUUCUUUGUUGAUAUCUGGAGCAGCACUUCUGUUUCUGGAUGGAUUGGAUUCAUUUGA